AAAAAUAAAAAUGGAGACUAAUUCUGGAGCUAAGACCCAUACUAAUGAGGAAUCAUCAAUAAAAGCAGAACCUCACUUUGUUAGUGUCGAUUCGAUAGAGGAGGCCAAACCAACAACUUCAAAAUUUGACACAAAGUCUGUAAAAAGUGAUGAUGCUGACAUGAGAUUUCCAAGGACACCUUCUUUUAGUGACAGGUGAAAAUAGCUAUGUUUUCUCUGACAAGGACGAGCUUAGCAAUACUACUUAUCUCCAUUCAUAUCUAGUGAAGGGCAAAAUGUUCAUUGUUCCUAAAUAGGUACAAGAUCACCCAGACUUUAGGGCAAGGAUCAUAUGGAAUCGUCUGUAAGGCCCUCAAUACAGAAACUAGAGAGCAAGUUGCGAUUAAGAAAAUUUUGAAUCCAUUUAAAUUUCCAGAAAGCAUCCUUAGAAUUUUGAGAGAAGUAAGACUGUUAAAGUUCUUAAAUCAUGAGAACAUUAUUCAAAUCAGAGAUCUCUCCCCAGCAGUCUCGAUGAAAUCGAUCGAGAGCAUUUAUGUGACUACAGAUUACAUGCCAUCAGACUUGAUGCAGAUCAUUCAUAGUAGUAAUCCUUUGGCUGAAGAGCAGAUCGUGUUCAUCCUCUUUCAGAUUUUAUCAGCUUUGAAAUACCUUCAUUCUGCGAAUAUCCUACACAGGGAUCUGAAACCUUCGAAUAUUUUGAUAAAUGAGGACUGUGAAGUCAAGCUCUGUGAUUUUGGCUUAGCAAGAGCAAUCGAUGAGAGCGAAAAGAACAAUACAGAUCUUACUAUUUAUGUGACCACCAGAAUCUACAGAGCGCCAGAGCUACUCUUCUUAAUUGGAAAUUACACCCAAGCUAUUGACGUAUGGUCUGUUGGGUGCAUUUUUGCAGAAAUGCUUAUUAGAAGACCCCUCUUCGCUUGCCCAGAUCACAUGAAAAUCGCCCAAAAAAUCUACGACCUCGUUGGCUCAAUUGAAGAGAUCAAAGGAUCUGAUUUUGAGAGUAGAAUGUCUUAUUUCCAGAGUUUUGAGAAGAAAAAGGAUCCAAAUCAAAGUUUUGACAAUAUUUUCGGUGCAUUCUCAGACACUGCAAAGGACCUCCUGAGUAAAAUGUUAGUCCUGGACCCGAGCAAGAGGAUCACCAUCGAUGAUGCUCUAAAUCACCCAUAUUUUGAAGACUACAAGGAAGAAAUAGAAGAGCUUGAGAAUUGUGAGAAAAACUCCGACAGUACUAAGCUAAAGCAGGAAAUUGUACGGGAGAUCUUCUCAUUUUCCAAGAAUAUUGAUGAAGUUACUUAUAAGGCAACUACAGCUGAAUAUAAAGCCUUGAAAAAGGCCUCUAAGGUUCACCAUUUUAUAUCAUUCGCUAAAAAGUAA